CGUCGGCGGAGUCGCAUUGUGUGUUACGCUUUCCGUUCGGCCGGCUCUAGUCGGUUGCGUUUGGAGAACGCUCCGACUAUUAUUUUAGUAGUAGUGCGGAUUCGAUUCGCGAGAAUAUUCGUGUUCAGCCAAAACGUGUCUCAGUGUGAAAAUAGUGAAGGAGAAGCGUGUCUUGGGACCGAAACCUGCCUGAAAUCUAAUUUCGGUCUCAUGUGGUAUACCACUUUGAUUCGGGAGCACAUCAGAUCCGCCGGAAGUGGAGGAAGAAGGGAGAGUGACCUACGGAGGACGUCCUACAAGUUGCGCGCGCAUCCCUUAGGAAUAUUGUCACACGGAACACGAUGCAGACCGACGAAGAGAUUCAGUACGCGCCGAGGAGCCGGCCGGUGAGCUUUUACGACAAUUACAAGGACGUGCCGGUGAUGCCGCCUUGCGUCACUUCCACCAUGAGUGUGGGCAAUUUGAACCAGGUUCGUGAUGGCAAUGACACGUCCGUCGUAUCUCAGAGCAACAACAAUAAUAAUAGCAUUAAUAGUAGCAAUAAUAACAACAACAACAGAGUCAGUAACGCCGUUAGCGUGGGCAACGUAUCGAAGAUUCACCCUGCCAAAGUCACGGGUGCAGUGUCGACCGGCAACAUCGGGCGUAUUAGCCGCGGUGACAAAGAGAAGGAACUCGGUCGAGCACCAUCGAUGGCCAACUGUCUAUCAACCACGGUUCCUGUCAAUCUGGCAGCUUCUCAAAUAGCCGGUCGACAUACGCCCACGAGAAACUCUUUAAGGCACAGCAGGAUGAUAGUGAUGAAUCGGACCGGCCAUCGCCCAGAGAAGUUUUUACCUCCUUUGAUCUACCAUCGGCGAUUAGCCCGUUGCCUGGCGGCAUUUCAGGCUAUCCUCGGCGUCGCGGUGAUUUCCUUGUCGUUAUGGUUGCUGCUUUGGACACCGCACCUGCCAGUCAUGGACAAUCCGUAUUGGAGUGGCAUGCCCCUCUUGAUGUCCGGGAGCUUCGGAAUUUGCCUUCUGUGCUGUUUUAGAAAAGAAUAUCCGACUUUGACUUCUGGAUUUUGUCUUUCCGCCACGAAGAUAGUUAGCGUAUUUUUGGCGAUUCUGGCAACCAUUGCGUGUGUGAGUGCGUGCAUAUUCUCCGCGAUGCACUUGUCACGUCUCAUGGGACUGGAAUGCACUCCGGCACGAGUAUUGAAUGCCACGUGCGUAUGCAGACCACGCGGCGAGCCGCCUGAUUCGCUCGAAGGUGCAGUCAGGUACAUAGACCUUAAUUGUCCCGACGUAGAAAGUAUCCUGACGAUCCUCCUCAUCUACUCGUGCAUUUGCAACGGAUUAGGCGCCUUGGUAGCGGGAUGGUAUAGUUAUCUCCAUUGGAGCACGCGAGACAAAAGGCCAAAGUACACGCAAGUCCGGACCAAUACCAUUUCCAUGAACAAUAAAUUUAGCAGUAAACCAAUCUACAAAUUGAAUCUGGAGGAACGAUGACGUUUGCAGAUAUUGUAAUGAUUACGCUUCCAUUUCACCGUGAUCCAUCAAUAUCUUCCGUAUGAUUACUAUUGUGAUCAGUUAUACAUGUGUACAAAGAAAUAUGAACUACUACAAAUAUAUAAAUUUUAUUUUGUAUUAUUUUGUUAACUGGCGAAAUUACCCUGAUAUACGUGAAAAUAUCAGGAACUACUUAUUAAACACAUUUUGCACAAAGGAAAAAUAAAAACGUAAUUUUUACAAAGAUACGAACAAAAAAAUUUUGUUCAACAAGCUAUAAUUGUCGUUCUAGUAUUAACAACAAUUUUGAACUUUUACAAAAGAAAAAAGAACGAGGAUUAUAUGAAUG